AUGUCCAUCUCCGACGAAAACCACCACCCGGAAGCGCCGCACCAUUUCCCGCUCGCAGGCGGUGCCGAUGACGGGUGGUCGACCGAGGACGAAGCUACGGCGACGUGCUACUGCGGCGGCGUGCAGCUGUCUUUCCCAACCCGCGGACCGGGCCUGGUCGACGUGUUCGUAUGCAACUGCUUCGACUGCCGGAAGAUCACGGCGUCGAUGUUCGCGACGGGCAUCAUCGUCCGGGACGCGUGCGUUCGGCACCUGCGCGGGAGGGAGAUGCUCAAGACGUACGCGCAGGAGAAGACUAUUGCUUCGGGACAUCGCGUGACCAACCACUUCUGCAGCACGUGCGGCUCCCUCAUGUACCGCACGAGCACGGGGCUCCCGGGCCACAGCGCGCUGCGGCUAGGCACGGUGGACGACGUCGCGCUGCACGAGACGCGGCUGAAGCCCCGCGUCGAGCAGUACGUCAAGGACCGGGUCGGCUGGCUGCGGGGGGCGGAGGGCGCGAGGCAGGUGUUGGGGAGCGCGUAUUCUUGA